AUGGAGGUCGACACGCCUGCCGCCGAUGCCGCUCCCGCACCGGCCUCGCCUCCUGCCGCGCUCCUCCGCCUCCCGUCCGCGACCCGCCCUGCUCCGCCCUCGGCCGCCGUCCUGUCGGCGCUCAACGUACACGCCCAGGUGCGCGACAAGCAGGUCGUCAACCCGCUGCGCAAGGUGCCCAUCAGCGACGAGGUCGGCGCCGACGGGACCGGCGUCGGCGAGAGGGGGAGGAAGAGGUUGCGGGGCGAGAUGGGCGUCGAGGAGUGGUUCGCUGUCCAGACCGCCGUCCUCCCUCUCCUCCUCCCGGCCUCGGCCACCCCGCCUGCCCUGUACUCGCCGUUCAACCCGCCACGCGACGUCUGUGUGUCGGCGCCGACCGGUAGCGGCAAGACGCUCAGCUACGUCGUCCCCAUCGUCGAGACACUGCAACACCGUAUCGUCACGCGCCUGCGCGCCCUAGUGCUCCUGCCGACACGCGACCUCGUCGGGCAAGUUCGCGAGACGUUCGAGAGCUACCUCAAAGGGACGGGCCUCAAGGUUGGCGUCGCGACGGGCCAACACUCGUUCGCGCACGAGCAGAACGUCCUCGUCGGCGAGAGCGUCCCUGCCCAGGUCGACAUCCUCAUCGCGACGCCGGGUCGCCUCAUCGACCACCUCAAGGCGACCAAGGGCUUCUCGCUCCAGCACCUGCGCUUCCUCGUCGUCGACGAGGCCGAUCGGCUCCUCACCCAGUCGUUCCACGACUGGCUCCCGACCGUCCUGUCGGCGCUCAAGCCGUCCUUCUCGGCGGCCGCGCUCGCCGAAAAGGAGAACGACAUGGACCCGACUGGAGGGAGGAGGGAGCGCAGGACCAAGGUGCGCGAGGGCGGGCUCGAGGAGGCGGACGCGCUCGCGCCGUCUUGGUGGGACGCCGAGGGCAAGCCCGGGCGGAUGCCGAGCGACCUCGACGAGCGGUGUCACGGCUCCUGUCAGAAGCUCCUCUUCUCGGCGACCCUCUCUCGCGACCCGGCCAAGAUCGACGCCCUGCACCUGCACCGACCCGUCUACAUCUCGGUCGAGGACGCGCUCGACCCGCACGCCGAGGACGAGGGCGUCGACAACGAGCUCAAGUUCACUUUCCCCGCCGAGCUCUCUCACAUGAUCAUCUCGCCGUCGUCGCACAAGCCGCUCUACCUGUUCCACCUCCUGCACACCCUCUCGAUCUCGUCCGCCCUGUGCUUCACCAAGUCGGUCGAGGCCGCCACCCGCCUCGCCAAGCUCGUCGAGUUCUUCGAGGAGGCGCGCAUCGCCGCCGAGGGCGAGGGCGCAAAGCGCGUCGUCGUCAAGGCGUACUCGUCCGAGUUGGCGCCCGGCGAGAGGAACAAGGUCCUGCGCGACUUUAAGAAGGGCGACGUCCAGAUGCUCAUCUGCUCGGACCUCAUCGCCCGCGGUAUCGACAUCCCCAACGUCUCGCACGUCAUCAGCUACGACAUCCCCGCCGACAUGCGCAAGUACGUGCACCGUGUCGGCCGCACCGCUCGUGCAGGCAACAAGGGCGACGCCUGGAGCUUGGUUGAGGAGCAAGAGGUCGCGCCGUUCAAGUCGAUCAUGUCGUCGGCGCAGCACUACGCCAAGAUUGGCCGCGUCCGCGUCAAGGACUCGGCCAUCGAGGCGUUCGUCUCGCCAUACCAGGCGGCGCUCGAGCGCCUGCGGCUGCACUUUGCGACGGGCAGGGAGCGCGAGCGGUCGACCGUGGCUGCAUGAGGAGUUAUGCGAGGCGCAUCAGACACCGAGGAGGAGAGGAGGGACACUGCAUCGUCGCAUGAAUUUCUCGCU